CCUCUAUAUAACCAUUAACACUAACCCUUCAUUGCUCCUUCAAGCCAUAGACCAACGACACACUUUUCAGUUUGUAGGGAGCUUCUGUUACACUUCCAUUAAUGGCUACCAAAACUUUUGUGUUGAAUUUCUUCAUGUUUUCUUGUAUUCUGUUGACCUUCAAGCUCUCAACGGCUCAAAUGGUGCCGGCUGUGUUCGUUUUCGGCGACUCCCUUGUGGACGUGGGCAACAACAAUUACCUUCCACUGUCUCUUGCCAAAGCAAAUUUUCCUCACAACGGUAUCGAUUUUCCUACCAAGAAAGCCACCGGAAGGUUUAGCAAUGGCAAGAACGCCGCAGAUUUUCUUGCUGAGAAAGUGGGCUUGCCUACUUCACCGCCAUAUCUAUCCCUCUCAUCCAAGAAUGCCUCCACCUUCAUGACUGGCGUCAGCUUUGCCUCUGGCGGUGCUGGAAUCUUCAAUGGCACAGAUCAAACUCUUGCACAAUCCAUGCCCUUGACGCAGCAAGUAGGUGACUAUGAAUUGGUGUAUGGAGAGCUGUUGCAGAAGCUGGGAUCAUCUGCUGCACAAAAUUUAUUAUCUAAAUCCCUUUUUGCUUUAGUGAUCGGCAGCAAUGACAUCUUCGGUUACUCUAAUUCAUCCGAUCCCAACAAGAGCUCCCCUCAAGAAUAUGUGGAUUUGAUGAUUCUUUCAUUAAAACAACUAAUAAAGAAAAUAUAUGAUGAUGGUGGUCGCAAGUUUUUUGUUUCUGGGGUUGGGCCAAUUGGAUGUACUCCAUCACGAAGGAUGAAGAGCAAAACAGGAGCUUGCAAUGAAGAAAUUAAUUCUAUGGUUGUUAUGUAUAAUCAAAGGCUAAAAUCAUUGUUGCAAGAAUUGAAUUCACAACUCAAGGGUGUUUCUUACUCCUAUUUUGACUCCUAUGCCAUGUUUGAAAACAUCAUUCAAAAACCAGCCACAUAUGGGUUUACAGAGGUAAAAGCUGCCUGUUGUGGGCUUGGGACCCUAAAAGCUAAUGUGCCAUGUUUACCCAUAGCUACAUAUUGCACCAACAGAAAAGAUCAUGCAUUCUGGGAUUUGUUUCAUCCAACAGAGGCAACUGCUCGUAUUCUUGUAGAUACUCUUUUUGAUGGGCCUUCACAGUAUACAUUUCCCAUGAAUGUGAGGAAGCUGGUGACAGUUUAAGCUUUAGACUUGCUUGCAUCAAGAGAAAAUGGAAAGGAUUCAGCAAUAGUUAGUAUAGUUAGUAAAAUAUUUAAGGGAAAGAGUGUUUAACAUUGAAAUUUAAAAGCUAAAAUGCAAUCAAAUUGACAACUAUGAAGUUAAAAAAACUGAAAAUUGUGUUGUUGGCCAAAAAUAAGAGAAAUGCGGUGAGCGUAGAUCGAACACGCGA